AUGGACGGUUCGACUGCUUCAUCUGCUCUCAAUGCUUCUACUACUGAAACUCCAUUCACGCUGCCUCCCUCGAUUGCAAAGAGUAUUGAUGAUGCCUUCUUUAUCCUUCUAUCCAUGAUCAUCUUCUUCAUGCAGGCCGGAUUUGCUUUUCUUGAGGCAGGAUCUGUGCGCACAAAGAACACAACCAACAUCCUAUUCAAAAACCUUCUCGACGCCGCCAUUGGCUGCAUCGCUUUCUACGCCGUCGGUUUUGCGUUUUCGUCUGGCCAUGGCAACGCCUUCAUCGGAGGAAAUUACUUCUUCCUGAUUGACUACAGCGAUGCCAAUCUAGUAGGAUGGUUCAAGUCGUUCGUGUUUGCCGCCACUGCGGCUACCAUUGUCAGCGGUGCAGUGGCAGAGAGAGCACAGUUGCUCGCUUACAUGCUCUUCAGCGUCCUCUGCACUGGUUUCAUGUAUCCUGUCGUUGCCCACUGGGCGUGGGAUACCGACUACGGAUGGCUGACGGUUGGAGUGUCAUACCAAGGCGAAAACAUCGUUUACAGAGAUUUUGCUGGUAGUGGUGUCGUGCACGUGGUGGGCGGUGCUGCAGCAGCUAUUGGAGCAUACAUCCUCGGGCCGAGAAUCGGUCGCUUUGAUGAAGAAGGAAAGGUGAAUACCAUCCAAGGACACACCGUUACAAUGUCUACUUUGGGCGGAUUUAUCCUUUUCUUUGGCUUUUUUGCGUUCAACGUCGGAUCUUACACAUCCAUCACAAAGCCAGGAGACGCUGCCAUCCUCGCACUCGUCGCAACCAACACCGCCAUUGCUGGUUCCGUUGGAUCCUGUGUGGGUCUGACAAUCAAGAGAUGGAUGAACAGACGAGAGAAAGAGGUUGGACGAUGGAGUCUAUCGGCAGUAAUCAACGGGGCACUGGCCGGACUAGUUGCAAUAUGUGCUGGCGCGGAUGCUGUAAGGCCAUAUGGGGCGUUCGUCAUAGGACUAAUAGCUGCACUAGUCUACUUCGCUGUCAGCUGGGCAAUGGUAAAAGUACGAAUUGACGACCCUUUGGACGCAGUAGCAGUUCAUUUUGGUGGAGGAGUUUGGGGUGUGUUAGCUGAAGGGCUACUCGACUCAACGCAUGGAGUGUUCUACAACUGGGAUGGUCGAUCCAUUCUAUUCUUUCUCUGGAACCUCCUCGGAGUGUUUGUCAUCACUGUUUGGGCAGGAGUGCUCAGUGCUGUCUACUUUGGAAUAAUGAAGUAUUUAGGAUGUCUUCGAGUGUCAAGAGAAAUGGAAAUAGCUGGUCUAGACAUCAAACACUCAGAGCCAGCUUAUGAUAAACCCAUGCUCCUAUCCAACGGACACGUAAUUCUGCCAAUGAAUCCAAUUGAUUCUCAACAGGCAACAGAGACUAGAGAAGCGGAAAGAAAUGGUCAACACUUUGUAAAUGAUCACGCUGUUGAGAGUAUGCAAACAAGGCCUGCAAACCCCAAAUCGCCCACAAAUAUAAGAACAGAAGUCUUUACUGUUUAGAACUGUCAUCUGACUAGUUGUUGUGAAUGUUUUGCCUAACCUAGAUCUGUGUGCACGUUGAACUGAACAAAUACAAAAGAA